UUUUUAAUGGCCUCUGGAUUUUGAAUGGACUUUUAGAUUUGUUUUGGAAAAAUGUGCAAGAAUCGAUAUAUAUAUAUAUAUAUAUUAUUAGUUUUUUGGGCUAUAAUUGAAUAUGAUAUCCCAACUUGAAUUCUAGAAAACAGUACAUACAGGAUCCACAAAAAUAUUUAUAUACCAUAAAAGUAAAAUUCCAAUUCCAAUUGCGAUUUCCAUUUUUGUGAUUUCCUCCUUGAGCUAGUAGUAUCUGAAGAACAACCUUUUCAAAAGUCACAAUCAACCAAACCAUUUUCGAAAGCAGAUUAUAAAAGUUCAAAUAGCCUUACCAAAAACAAACUUCCAAAUUAAGGAGAAAGCAGCUAGCUGAACGUGAAAACUCAUCCUUCACUAACCAUUUCCAAUGGGGUCUCUUCCAAAAUCUGUACAAGAAUUGGCUCUCCAAGGAGAACAAGUACCUGAAAACUUUUUGUACAAAGAUGGUCAUGGUGGAUCUACAGAUGUCCCAGUCAUGGAUAUUCCAGUUGUUGAUAUUGGUCUUCUUGCUACUUCUGCACAAGAGCUUCAGAAGCUCAACUCAGCUCUCACCAACUUUGGUUGCUUUCAGGGAAUAAACCAUGGUAUGUCACUUGAAUAUUUGAAUCAAGUGCGUGAAAUCACAAAAGAAUUUUUCCAUCUUCCAUUGGAAGAGAAGCAGAAAUACUUGAGAGAAGAAAACGAUAUUGAAGGGUAUGGGAAUGACAUGGUUCUUUCAGAUCAACAAAAAAUUGAUUGGAGUGACCGUCUCUACCUUGUUAUAUACCCUGAAGAUCAGAGGAAGCUCAAACAUUGGCCUGAAAAUCCCAAAAAUUUUCGGUCUAUGACACAUGAAUAUUCUGUGAAGAUUCAAUCAAUAAGCCAGGUUAUCCUUAAGGCCAUGGCAAGGUCACUGAACUUGGAAGAGAAUUGUUUUGUGGAGCAGUAUGGGAAAAGAUCAAAACUUUAUGAAAGGUUCACCCUAUACCCGAGAUGUCCAAGGCCCGACCUUAUUGUUGGUUGCAAACCACAUGCAGAUGGGUCGGCGAUCACUCUUCUCUUGCCCGACAAAUCGGUUGAGGGUCUGCAGAUUUUGAAAGACAACCAGUGGUUCAAAGCUCCUAUCAUUCCUGAGGCUCUUCUGGUUAAUGUUGGUGAUCAAGCUGAGAUAUCGAGUAAUGGAGCGUUUAAGAGCCCGCUACAUAAAGUGUUGACAAAUUCAGAAAGGGAGAGGAUUUCUUUGGCUGUCUUUUAUGUGCCAGAGCCGGAUAAAGAGAUUGGACCUUUCGAAGGGCUGAUCGACGAAUCAAGACCCAGAUUGUACAGACCAGUCAAAAACUAUGUUGACAUUUAUUUCCAAUACUAUCAGCAGGGGAGGAGGCCAAUGGAAGCAUCAAAAAUCCAAGACUAACACUCCCAUCUCUUAUAAUUAAGAAACUUAAUAAUAUGUUCUUUGUUGACUUCUAUUUUAGCUCUUUUUAUGUUUUCCUAUAAUAUUUGUGAGGUAUCAAAAAUAAGAUGAUGCAGCUUACAUAGGAAACAUAUUGCUUGUUUUCAAUGCCAAUUCUUUAGGACGGUAAAACUACUUCUAUAUUGUGCCAAUUUCUUUGGAUUCUACUAAUACUUGUUUCUUUAUAAGGAGUGUAAGAAUGUAACACAAUAUUAAGACAUGCAUACUUAGUAGCUUAUUUCAUCUCUCAUUUAAUUAGACUGUAGUCUAAAUCACAA